GAACAUUGUUGGGUUUUAUGUUACUUUGGGAUUCUCUCUUUGAUAUAAAUGUCUGAACUAAGAUUUUAACUGAACCCGAAAAAACAUUAAUGCCAUAAUGGGUCACGACCAAGUCAAUUGAUGAUCAACAUCUGAGAUACCGACGCUUGGAAAUAUUGUGGCGUUUCAGCCGCUGCAGAGUGAAGCACCGAGAUGUUAAAUCAAAGCUUAGGAUCGUUGCUUGUUGUUUGGAUUAAGAUCAGUGAUGUAGGUUUGUUGAUGUUUGAGGAACAUGGAUAGGCAUAAAAUGAUAUUGACUGAGCCGUGUUGCACCACCACACUGAAAUGUUACGGAAUAAAUAUUUACGUGGGAGUCGCCUAUGCCUGCCUUUAUUAAGAUCGAAAAAUGGAAUUACACUCUGUUGACGAUUCCAACCUGAAUUCAUGGGUGGAGAUUGGCAGAGGAGGAUUUGGGCAAGUUUUUAAGGUCCGACACAAUCCUUGGGGAAUAACUGUGGCCGUCAAAGUGUUGCACCAAAGUGACAGUAAGGCUUUCGCCAAGGAAGUGCGUGCCAUGUGCAAGGGCAACAGUUCUCAUGUAGUUCAGAUCAGAGGGAUGUACAACGGCCAUCCUCCGAACAUAACUUGCAUUACUCCAGUGCAAGGCCUGGUGAUGGAGUACAUGGAGAGAGGAUCAUUGGAUUCCCUUCUGAAGCAGCUAGAUGAGCCCCCACCGUGGUGCCUGACUCUCCGCUUUGCACAUCAUGUGGCUGUUGGCCUGAAUUUUCUCCAUAAACUCAACCCACAAAUUCUUCACCUUGACCUCAAACCCAGCAAUGUGUUGUUAGACUGCAGUCUCAAUGCCAAGGUUACAGACUUUGGCUUAGCCAAGAUUCUCAGUGACACUUCUUGUUCCAGCAAAGAAGAAGGUGGGACAACUAGCUACAUGCCCCCAGAAGCCUUUGACUUGAAUUGCAAACCCACACCUGCUUCUGAUGUUUACAGCUAUGCUAUACUUCUUUGUUCCAUACUGAAAGGAGGGCAGCCCUAUCCCAAUCAAGUCUGUUUGUCCUCCUUGCUGAAGUUGCGAAUUCCACUGGGAGAUCGGCCUAAUCUGGAUGAAUUGGCUUUCAGAGAAGCAAAGGGGCUGACGGAACUAAUCGACCUCAUAAAGAAAUGCUGGGAUGCAAACCCUCUGAACAGGCCCCCAUUCUCCGACUGCAUGCUCAAAGUUGAGGGCUUGCUGGAGCCGCUUCAAUGUGAAAUCAAGGAUGCUGUCCACAAGGUUCUGAACUCACUGGACUCAGAACUAGAUACUGAAAUUGAGCAGCAAAUUGGUGCCUUGAACCUCUCAGCCUCUGUGCCACAUAACGAGAACCCAGGCACCCUGAAAUCCAUGAAAAGUGACCCGGGCCCUGUGCAGGAUUUGCCUGGCAGCUCUGCCAAUCGGCGUGGUGACAAAGAGAACCCAGGCACCCUGAAAUUCAUGAAAAGUGACCCGGGCCCUGUGCAGGAUUUGUCUGGCAGCUCUGCCAGUCGGCGUGGUGACAAAGGCCCCCCAGCCCUUUUGGUACCACCACGACCAUCAUCUAGACAAACCACCAUCAGAGCCUCCAAUGUUUAUGGGGUACAGAUUGGUGAUAACAAUACCAUGGUCAUCCGAGGAUCCGGUCGUCACAGACACAAAACAGCACCCCCCUAGUCUCUGCAUCCGGAUGUCCAGAAACUGUGGUCACCUGCCCUGGAACAGGGGAGACUUUUGCUGUUCUCAUGGCUACUGAGUUACUUUUGCAAAACCUCCACAUGGGUCCAGUGCUGAGUGUAAGCUGUACCUGUAUUAGGAGCAUCAAAACAUAUCUGCACAAGUUCUUGAAAUGACCUGCAGCCUUGGUGCUAUGACAUUUUUCUGACAAAAACAAUUAGCUAUUUAGUUGUUUUUUAUGAUUUUAUGAUUAUGAUGAUGUCAGAAUAAAAUAGCAGGUAUCGUUAA